CGAGGCGCGCCUGGCGAGCGCCGGGGGACGGAGACGGGCCUCUUGCCGUCCCUGCACCCUGGACUCGCCAGGGCCAGCCCGAGUGGUUAACUCCCAAAAGAGAAAACCAGUUGCAAAUCGAAGAUAAACAAAAACUAUCAAAGUGUAAGAAGUGAGUCACACCGUAACCCAUAUACUCGUGAAUGACUGUGAAAAUCGGCACUGGCGCACCCUUGUGUUUCACCUUGCUGGGGCCGGGACUUCAAAAGACCUUAAGAGGAGAUUUCGUUGGGGUGGAGGAUUAAAAUCGUUACGAUGAGAAGAGUUGAUCUCUGCUCGAGCUCUGAAGGGGCCGAAGUGGUGUUAGCAACAUCCAGUGAUGAAAAACACCCACCUGAGAACAUCAUUGAUGGGAAUCCAGAAACCUUUUGGACCACCACAGGAAUGUUUCCUCAGGAGUUCAUUAUUUAUUUUCACAAACAUGUAAGGAUUGAAAAGCUUGUCAUCCAGAGUUACUUAGUGCGGACCCUGAGGAUCGAGAAGAGCACGUCUAAGGAGCCGGUAGAUUUCGAGCAGUGGAUUGAAAAAGACUUAGCACACACGGAGGGACAACUUCAAAAUGAAGAAAUUGUGGUGCACGAUGGCUCUGCAACCUACUUGAGAUUCAUUAUUCUCUCAGCCUUUGAUCAUUUUGCAUCAGUGCAUAGCAUUUCCGCAGAGGGAAUCGCCAUCUCCAAUCUUGCUUAGUUGCUGAAGCAAAAAGUUCUGACGAUAUUUAAACCCAAAGAUGUCCCUGAGAAGCUCUAUUAAAAGGAUUCAUAUCAA